ACUGCUUGGCAGCCUCUCCCUUGCUGUCUCUGACUCCGACACUAAUUGAGAUUAGACAGCAGAUGUGGAGGGAGAAGUAGGAAGAGACAGAGCAAGAGAGAGAGAGAGAGAAAGAGAGAGAGAGAGAGAGAGAGAGAGGCAGAGACAGAGGGGGGAGAAAGAGAGAGGGGGGGGAGAGAGAGAGAAUAGCAGGGCAGCCAGUCAGGAUCAAUGUGCAGGAACUGAAUCAACUCCCGGUGUAGAUAAGAAUCCGGGGAGGGAGGGAGAAGAGGAGCAAAGAGACCAAGCAGGAAGAUCUGGAGGAAAGUUUAACAAGCAGAGGACGGGAACAAUCUGUGGGAACGCAUCAGGAACACUGUGAUCCCAGGGACAUUUAAACUCAGCUCGAUGGAGUCAGGGGCUUCAGUGGAUCCUGAGAGCCUCCAGCAGGCGGUGGGCUACUUCGAGGGGGCUCUGCGGGAGGCGGUGAAGGAGGUGCACGUGGACAUCGGGGCGCUGAAACGGAACGUGGAGCAGCGGAUGCAGGAGCUGCAGCAGCUGGUGAACCCCCUGUCUCACACCCUGGCCAGGCUGCAGCAGGAGAACCGAGAGCUGCGGGACCAGGUCCACUGCCUGUCCCAGCAGGUGGAGCGACUGACGGCGGCAGCCAGCGGCGAGAACCGGCCCGCAGGGAGACUGGUGGAUGCAGGACAACCAGCCGGAGUCAGCAGCAAUGGGACUGUGCCAGCCUGCAGUCCUGGAGAACAGGUGACAGAGCAGAAUGGAAUGGAUGCCGGCAGACUGACACACAUCGGUGCAGAAGUGACUUCCCUCCACUCCGUAAGAGGGAAGGAAGUGACUGCCCCACGGAAUGUGUCAACACUGCAGCACCAGCCGGCAGCAGUGGGCCUUGCUCACCUGCCCAUCACUGCGGUAACCAAGUCCGGCGAGAAGUUCUCUGCGGAAGUGUCGAGCAGUGUCACUCCCCGGUUGGAAUCCCUCAGCCAACCGGCUUUGAACAAACCCCAGACGGAGUGUGUCAGCCAGACGGCACAGCAGACAGACAAGAAUGCCAACAUCAGUAAGACGGUCUCUUCCACCAGUCAGUCGACAUCAAGCGACCUCCAUUCUCCAACCAGCGUCCUUGACCUAUACCCAGGUGUGACCUCCAAAUCUCGGUCACCACCUCCAACCGUGCCCCGCCAGGGAGGGAAGAGGCCUCUGUUGAUGCGGUCACAGACACUGCCUCGGACAUCGGGACCCCAGUCCAGGAAGGCACUCUUCGAGAAGUUCGAACAGGAAGGCAGCAGGGGGAAAAUUGGAGAGUCAAAGGGAAAGCUGCAGAGAUCACAAAGCUUUGCAGUUGCCAGUGCAAGCAGCAUCAAACAGGUCCUCCUGGAGUGGUGUCGUUCCAAAACGAUAGGGUACAAGUUGAUUGAUAUCCAGAACUUCUCCUCGAGUUGGAGCAACGGAAUGGCAUUUUGUGCCCUCAUCCACUCCUUCUUCCCCGAAUCCUUUGACUACAAUGAGCUGAACCCAAGUAACCGCAAGCAGAACUUUGAGCUGGCGUUCAGCAUGGCUGAGAAGCUGGCACACUGUGACAGGCUAAUCGAAGUGGAAGACAUGAUGGUGAUGGGGAACAAACCUGACCCCAUGUGUGUCUUCACCUACGUGCAGUCGCUCUACAAUCACCUGCGGCGCUUUGAAUGAACCCACCCCCUAGCGACAGUGGUGUGUGGGGGAGAUGGCUGAGUAGCCCAGACGAUCCCAGCUCUGGCACAAGGAACAACAGUGGUGCCAGGGGAUGAAUGAAUCCCGACCAGCAUCUCCCGUUGAUGCAGGAGCAGAACCAGCCAAUGCAAACCACACCACGUUCGGCAGCCAGGAUAAUCCCGGCCCACUCAGAUGUAGUAUCUCACUUAAAAGAUUACAAUAAAGAGAAAUUUCACUUGUA